AUGGCGACCCGGAGCUUCACCCGCAUCCCCGUCAUCACGAACAAGAACUACAAGGCCAGCGGCUUGAAGUCGUACGCCUACGCUCUGCACAAGUACGGCAUCGGCCCCACCAGAGAGGGCCCCUACCUCGCCGUCAACAAGAUCCACCAGCAAGGCAAGUUUGGCCAUGCCAAGGCUCUGGGCGGCCAUGCCCGCGUGCAGAAGCACGUGCUGCAGAAGAAGGCCGCUGCCGACAGCAGCGAGACGGGCGACGUGCCGGCCGAGGACAUCCAGAAUGACUCGCUCUACCUGUGUGAGGUGGGCAUUGGCACACCCGCCCAGACCCUGAAGCUGGACUUCGACACCGGCUCGGCCGACCUGUGGGUGUGGUCGACGGAGCUGCCCGCCAACGUGCAGUCGACGGGCAAGUCGUCCGGCCACGCCGUCUUCGACCCGUCCAAGUCAAGCACCUACAAGAAGUCCGGCAGCAGCACCUGGCAGAUCCAGUACGGCGACUCGUCGUCGGCCUCGGGCGAGGUCGGCACCGACGACGUCACCCUGGGCGGCCUGAAGGUCGAGGGCCAGGCCAUCGAGCUGGCGAGCAAGCUGUCGGACCAGUUCGUGCAGGGCGCCGGCGACGGCCUGCUCGGCCUGGCCUGGGGCAGCAUCAACACGGUCAAGCCCGAGCCCGUCAAGACGCCCGUCGAGAACAUGAUCGACCAGCAGGACAUCCCCAAGGACGCCGAGCUCUUCACCGCCUACCUGGGCAGCACCAAGGACACCAACGAGGCCGACAAGGGCGAGUCCUUCUACACCUUCGGCUACAUCGACCAAGACGUUCUCAAGGCCGCCGGCGUCGACGCCCCCUUCUACGUCGACAUCGACAACUCGCAGGGCUUCUGGCAGUUCACCAGCGCCUCGGCCUCGGUCAACGGCACCUCCAUCACGCGCUCCGGCAACACCGCCAUCGCCGACACGGGCACCACCCUCGCCCUCGUCGCCGACGACGUCGUCGACGCCAUCUACAAGGCCAUCCCCGGCGCCAAGUACGACAGCCAGAACCAGGGCUACGUCUUCCCCAGCUCCGUCACCGCCGACCAGCUGCCCACCGUCGAGUUCGCCGUUGGCGACCAGCUGUUCACCGUCCAGAAGGAGGAUUUGGCCUUUGCCGACGCCGGAAGUGGCAUGGUCUACGGCGGCAUCCAGAGCCGCGGCGACAUGACGUUUGACAUUCUCGGCGACACCUUUUUGAAGGGCAUCUAUGCCAUCUUCGACCAGGGCAACAAGCGCUUCGGUGCCGUGCAGCGCAAGGAGAAGGAACAGAACGUCUCUGUGCCUUCGAGCUCUUCGUAA